AUGGCUCUAUUCCUCUUCAUCCUGUACAGAAACGGUGUCUUCGCGAGGCUACAGGAAAUACCCUACACCAGUUUCUCUUAUUCACCGGAGAUCAAUGCUCGUGAGAUAUUACGUUUAUUCGAAGAAGGCAAAGAGCCGGCCUACGUCGUCCUGAACCCGUACGAGCGCUACGUCUUCAAGAUUCGCAACGAGCUCAAGUGCGACACCUCGCAGAGGACAGCACCAAGCAUGCCCCUGGUCCUGGUCGUCAAGUCGGCCCUGGCUCAUCGUUCCCGACGGGACGCCAUCCGCCAGACCUGGGGACAGGAGGACCGCUUCCCGGGCGUGGUCCUCCGACGCGUCUUCGUGGUCGGAGUGGACAGCAAGGACCCCAGCGUCCAGGACGCCUUGAACUCCGAGCAGGCAGUCAACGGAGACUUGGUGCAAGCAGAAUUUGAAGACACUUAUUACAACACCACCAUUAAGACAAUGUUGUCCUUCCGUUGGAUCCUGGAGCAAUGUCCCAAUGUUCAGUGGUUUCUCUUCGUCGACGACGAUUACUACGUGUCUGCGAAGAACCUAAUCGAGUUCGUUAAAGACAAGGACGGCUCCAGUGAAUGGCUUUGGACGGGCUGUGUUUUGCAGUCCAACAGACCUGUCCGGCAACACUACGGGAAGUGGUACCUCUCUCUGUCCGAGUACCCAUACUCUCAGUUUCCUCCGUACGUGAAUGCGGGAGCGUACGUGCUGUCAAGGCGCAUGCUGAUCGACCUGUACCGCGUCGCUCGUUUCACGCCACAGUUCCGCUUCGAUGACGUCUUCCUUGCUAUCCUGGCCAAUAAGAUGGGGUUACAGCCACGCCACAGCGACAAGUUUUGGUACAACCGCGAUCCGAUGACGGAAGAGGACUUUGUUGGGGUUGUAGCCAUUCAUGGGUUUGAGGAUCCUCUUCGCCUGGUGCAAACUUGGAAGCACCAGAGCAGGCUCGGUCAAGCGUGA